AUGGAACAAGAACGACCGCCUCAUUUUUGGCUGGCUAUCAGUGAGCACCGCCACACUGUGAUACCGGGCCAACACAGCACUGCAGUUCUUCAUCACCGCAUCGCAGCCGAGUACGAACGACAGCCGGAAUACAUGUGCAUCAGUGAUCCCGCACCCGACUGUCUUGUUUCUGACUUCCUGCAUCAUGGCUAUCGGGUACAUGGUAUCGUUGCGGUGUCUGUACGGUCUGAAAACUUGUUGCCAGGACCCAAUCUAGGCGUGUAUGCGUUUUUUGAUUGCCGGUCAUUUGGUCAUCACGUUCGGCCGUUCUUUGAAGGAGAAGGCAUUCAAGAUAUCGCUCAGUACCUACGAGUGCUACAAGCUGAAGCCGCCUAUGCAGGCCCACUCAGCAUCACCAGCGGACAGCAGUCCGGCAACCUUGCCAUGUUUACUGAAGGAACUGUAUUUGAAGUCUGUCCGACUUUACAUACUGAAGCUGUCGAGCCCGCACAGGCAUCAAGGUCUACCGAUGCUAUCGCAUAUGCACCCCAGGGUCCAAUGCCAGAGGCUAGCCCCCAACCAGGUGAAGAUCUGAAAAGUGACGACGGCACAUGCUCUACCGCCACCGUUCGAGCUACUUUUCUUGUGCUAAGGCCGGAAUGCGAAAAUCUCACAGUGCAUUGCGAGUUUGAAGCACCAGCUUCCGCGCAGGAUGCUCUCGAUGCUGUUGCACUUGCCAUGCCACAUGACGUGUAUUUGCACUGGUCCCAGGUGCGAGAGGUGAUUCCACAGAUUUCCCCACAGUGGGGCGUCGCUCUUGCCCUACCUGCCUGGGCGCAUGAGGAGCCCAUCCUGAUAUACAACCUCCUUCGUGUUGAUGGUCGGUUGUAUGCUGCAACCACGGCCUUUGAACUUACUCGAGAAUACUUGUGUCGCUCUGCCAAGGUUUCCGCUGAUGAAGUCGAUGUGUAUGCCUACGGCAAUGCUCGUCCCCUUGAUGACAGCGACAUUCUUGAGGUUGAGCCCUACCGGGUCAUCUUUUUCGUGCCGAAACAUUCAGACCCUUCGGUUGGCCAUUCCUUCCGGGCUAUGCUCUGCACACCCUACUCCUGGUUCAAUUGCACCAUGCCCCCGCCUGUUGGCGGGCAUACCACCCGCACAUUCUGCCUUGUCACACAUGCGUGGCAUCGCCAGCACGACUUUGCACAUGCAGAGGCCCCCUUCAAGACAGAACUUGCGGAAACUCUUGGCAUUGCCACCACAGACCUGCGGCUACAAUUUGCAGUGCCCUGUCACCAUGAUGUCGUUCUUGACGGUGUUACUUGCCGCAGCAUUGUCGCAGCAACAAACAAUCGUCAGGAUGUCGCGUUUGUUGACUGCCGACCCAUCCUCCAAGGAUGGCAUUUGUUGCAGUUUCAGCACGGGCGAUACUCGCAUUCCGACCUUGUUCAAGAACUAGGUCACUUUAUGCCCGCUCAGCAUCAGGUGCAAAUCGAUGGAGCUGAGAUUGACGACGAUGACUUACUGCUGGUGCCAGGACAGGUACUGAUUGCCCAGUUCGUGCCUCUCACGUCGCCAUCUCAGCAUGAAGAGGAUGUUGAGUCUGAAGACUCCUCCGAUGGCGCUGAUCCCAGUGACGACUCGGCAGAUACCAUGGGUCAGGACACCACUACGGCGCCAGCAGAUUCUGACGGCGAGCAUCUCUUUGAUGACGACCCAAGAUUCGAUGGCGCCACUGCGCGCUCACGCAGCCGCACACCACCACGGCAACAGUCUGCCGCAGUUCCUCGUUCAGCAUUGAUGCGUCUUUGUUCGGUUGCUGCCCUCAUCGUUCUGGUCUCAGGUAUUAUUUGCUUCGGUGACUCCACCCGAUCGCAACCAGCCCACCUCGAUUUAAGCAUGCACUCGCACGGCCUACUGACCUACGCCUGUGUUCGGAGGCCAACCGGCUAUCGAGACAGCAUCUUCGACCAGAUUGGUCGUCCACUCAUUCGACUCUGGGGGAGUGUGGGGAUGCUGCUAUUCUUGGGACUUGUCUUGGGCAGACACCUGCGACAGUGCAAGACUUAUUGUGAACCCAGCUGCUCCACACCCGCCGAGCACUCCAGGCUAAGCAGCCUACGACAAGCCACAACAGCUCUCGGACUCAUCUGGCCAUACGAUCCUGCUUACCAGCCACAUGGCCUCAACCCGGAUGAGCCACCCACUCCUGUGUCAGAAGCCUCUGACACGGAAUCCAUCGCGUGGGCCACUGCGUUGAUCUACACUCCUGGGACCGAUCCUGAAUUCCUGACCGUGGCUUUCCGCUUUCCUGCCACGUUGGCAGAAGGCACUGCAAUGAUCCAGGCAGAAAGGGAGCCAUCCCAGGCUCGCAACUUCCCGCAGCUUGUUCCUGCGCGACCACAAACAAUUUCAGGGGCCAGCGCAUGGGUAGCAGCACCACACUGGGACCCUGAUAAGUGCAUACUCCUUAUCGAUCUUACAAGAUGGGAUGGCAGGGCCUUUGCCACGGUAUGUCCCACGUACUUGACCAGGACAGAUGCACUCAGCAUUGCAGGCCUCUCAGAGCAACAUCCUGUACAUGUGUACCUUGGAGAUGACCUUACACCGCUUGGCCAGCACCCUCAGCAUGCCCGGCAGGGAUUGACACUGACCAUAUCCCCUACCGGACACCAGCCGGAUCUUCAGGUCCAGGUUGAAGUCAUGAUGCAGCACCCUGCUAUGUGGGCACAGGACUUCGACUUUCCGCCUGAUGACCGAGUGGCCUACUGUGUCGUACAGGGUGAUCAACACCUACUCCUUGAGUAUGACCAAAAUCGGCCUACGCAGUACCGUCGCCAGCUUGCGGCUGCUCUAGGUCUUCAACGGGAUGACAUUUCGGUUUUCCCUUCCAGCCCUCGGGUUACCAAUGUCGCAUUAGAAGGAGUUCAUUGCCGCACAGUGUUAGCUGUUACUGAUGUCAGCACCGUGACACCCUCGGGCCGCGCAUUUCUGAUCAUGAUUGAUUGUCGCCCCCUCCUGCAAGGAUGGCGAACGAUAUUCAUCACCGAUGGCCACCUCCACGUCGAAAGCACAAGGGAUGCCAUCCAGACAGUUGCGCCCCAGGCUUUUGCUGUGGUUUUUCCGGAGAUACCCACAGGUGAAGCCUUGUAUCCCGUUCUGCCAGGGCAGGUCUUGCUAGCAGAGGUUGAGCCACGAGCAGCUCCCUCCCUACAAACCCUGCCUGUCCGCCCGCCCCCAGAUGAUGUCCAGCUGCCUACCGCUUUCUCUUCUGGUGCGGCCAACAGCUCCGUCGAUGCGGUCACUACUGCCACUCAGGCGGAGCACCCUGCUGAUACCCCGAGGCAAAAUACCGUUGCAGACGAUAUCGAGCCAGCCCCUCGUGCGAUCGGCCAGUUUGUCGAAGCAACCUUCCUUGCUCUAGCCCCGGGAUAUGUGCCCGAGGUUGUCACAAUUAGGGUCAGCAUUCCUCAGACACCACAUGCUUUGCUCGCUAUUGUGUCGGCGGCACGUAUGCCAGACCCACGCCGACGAUUUCCUAGGCUGCUCCCUGUGUGCACUCAGACCUUCCCUCAUUGGGGUACUCUGGUAGCUAGCCCCUCUUGGGAUUCCCCUGGGAUAAUUGCAUGCUUCGACAGCCGGGUAGACAAUCGGCUUUACGCUCUCGACGUACCUCCUCUUGUCACGAGAGCUGAUGUGCUGCGACUGGCAGGCGUCAAUGACGACACCAACAUCCUUGUCUACCAUAACAACACUCCCUGGCCCAUGGAUGCCGACACACAGAUCCAGGUUCACUUAGCUGAUUUGUUGUUGCUGAUGCCACGAGGACAUGGAUUCUUCGUUACCGCAGACUUCAGUGAUAUGAUUAGGGACCCCGCCGUGUGGCAACCACCGCCUGCAUUUCCUGGUAACCACAGAAACAACACUUGGAUCAUGAGCGAUGCCGGCAGCUUCAUCCAUGUUAUGCGGCGCGGGCGCGGCCACCUUCUUCGCCAGGACUUGGCGCAGCUACUGCAGUGCGUGCCAGCGCAGCUGAUUCUUGUCCCCGCACAAAUGCCUGUUUUUGACCACAUGCAGACAGGCGCUCUUCUCAGAGGUCUGCUUGUUGCUACCCUGGCCGCCCCGGGCAACACAUACCAUACCCCCAGGGCACCCAUUGUUGUACUGGACAGACGCCCGAUCCUACUCGGGUAUGCGUGGAUUUCUGCGCCCAAUGGUUUGAUGCAACCAGGCCCCCUUCAAGCGCGACACCAAGCCAGGUGCCCCAUUGGUCAUGUACUGGGGUACACCCAUAACGGGUCGCGACCGCGGCCAUUGCAAUUCCCCGUCCGAGUGCAGGACGGUGACAUCAUCACCAUUGAGUACCUCACUCGGACUCAGGCACUUGAGGCGCCUCCUCCCACCCCUCCACCUAGUUCCCCGCCUGAUUCUCCUGACGGCGAAACCAGGUCACACAACUUGUCGUCUGCACCCGGCGCCCCCCCUCAGGCCCGUGCUGGUGGUGCAGCGCACCCUGUGACUACGUAUGAUGCUGGAACAGAUGGCACCUACCGCACCAUUUACUGUGACGGCAGGUCGCUCUUGCGUUGCAAUGAUGACGCUGUGCGCAGGGACCGACGCAGCACACUUUGGCAUAGUCGAGUAGUCAAGUGGCAUUAUGCUUCUUUGCGGGACGCCUUUGUUGAAGGCAGGCGCAAUGCCACCCCUGUCCUCCUGUGCCUACUAGCGUCUGGUGCCGCUUGUGCCGUCUUUAUGUACUGUAUUUGCUGUCCUCUACAUCUCUGUGCCCGACUCCUCAGCAAGCCCAACGCAUCUCUGUUGCUUUUUCUCUGCUGCCUUGGCACGCAAACCGUACGAGCUGCACCCACAGAUCAUGGCUUGACGGCCCUACCAGUUGUUACGUGCCAGUCGAGUGUACUUUCGCAUCAACAUUUCCCCAAACCUCGGCUAGUGCCCACGCCAUGUCGAAGUGGAUCGUACUGGGACACAGCACGGCAGGAUGAGCAUGCACAGCAGAUCCCGGGACCCACAUUGUUGGAGCAGGCCAUCAAGGAUCCGGCCUCUCCAGCCAUGAUGCAUGCGGCUACCUUGCUGGAGGUGCUAAUUGAGCACUAUGAGGCCGACCGACAUGACGCGGGGAAGGCACACAUUGCUCAACCUGAGCACUUAGCCCCAAAUAGACCUGCUUCGGUUUAUGAUGACCCAACCUGCCCAACCCAGAUCCGACUUGCUGACAUCGUGCCAACCACACCGUUUCAGCAAGAUGUCCUUGCGCUGGAUAACCUUUUGGCCUUUCGCUUUCGGCCACAAGGGCAAGAUUGGCUGGAUAAUGACCUCGAGCCUCUUCUCCAGGACCGUAAAGUGCCACUGGAAUUGCGUACGGCCCUUGUCAACACGUCCACUUGGGAUUCUGUUGGGCGGCCCACACUUGUCCAUAUUGACAUUUAUACUGACGGCUCCGCCGCACAAGAUGUCAAUGAUCUGCUACCAUGUGCGUGGGCUUUCGGUGUGUGGGCCUCCACCUCAGCAGGCACAGUCCUUGUUGGCCACGCCAGUGGCACCGCCACCCCUCCGGGCACCCCUUAUCAUGUAGGGGAGGCCAGCGACACGCCGCAAGUCGCCGAGCAGCUUGCACUAUUCUGGGCACUCAGCUGGAUUGUAGAAUGGGCUCCGGGCUAUCAAUGCCCCGUUACCAUGCAUUAUGACUCUCUCGUCGCAGGCCGGGGUACGUUUGGCGACUGGCAGCUGCCCGCCGAGCCCGGUACCGGGAAAGCCUCAGAUCUUGCACACCAUCUGGUGCACCUUCGACAGAUCGCCAGCUGUGUAGUCCCUUUGACACACCAACAUGUCAAAGGACAUGCAGGUGUGCUACAAAAUGAGUUGGCUGACCAACUCGCCAAACAAGCGAGACGGCAACCCGAGGAUUUGUGGAACCGUCUGCUGCCUCUUUGGCCAGCGUUACUGGUCGAGCAUGGGCUCGCAGCAUGGGCAUGGAUGCUCUUCGACACCUCAUGGGAUGUACCUACGCUCUUCAGCCUCCAAACGGAGGCCUACCGUAUGCAAAUUCUGGACGACCGUCCGGGUUGCGCGCCCUUUGCACCGCCGGUGCAACACAUCAGAGCUGCCAAGUGUUCCUAUGACUUUGCAGCCAUCACCUAUAAUGUCCUCACGCUCCGCGAUACCGCGGCCCCCCAACAACGCCAGCACAUCGGCAUGCGCUUACCAGGACGCAAAGCCCUUCUCAAGGCGCAGCUCAACGACUUGUCCCCUCUGUUUGUGGGAAUGCAAGAAACACGGUUACCAGAGGACAGUGUCCAACCGGACAAUGAUUACCUCAUCUUGCAAUCCAGUGCAACAGAGCGCGGGCAAGGUGGUUGCGCGCUGUGGAUCGCUAAGCAUGUGCCCUAUGCUUACUGUGCCGGUAAGCCCUGUUUUGUCACUCCAGAUGCGGUUAAUGUGCUCAGUGCCUCUCCACGGCAUCUGGCGGUCACUGUUUCUGCGACACACUUGCAUCUUGUCGUACUUGUUGCGCACUGUCCAUCAGCUGCUAAGGCACCCAUUUCGGAGUAUGAAGGCUUUUGGCGGCAGCGAGUCCAUGAUUUGACCCGUCGACCACCUGGAUACGAUUUCCUGGUGCUGGCUGACGCCAAUGCCCGUGUGGGCAGCAUUACCUCCGAGUGUGUUGGCCCGUACGGCAGUGAAACCGAAAACCCUCCGGGCGAGGUUCUUCAUGAGGUGCUGCAUGCCCUGGCAGCUUUCCUCCCUACAACCUUUCCUGACAUUCACUCCGGACCCAGUGCCACCUGGGUGUCACCAUUUGGGGAUGGCCACCGCAUCGACUACUUCCUGGUUCCACAGCAUUGGAGUAGUUUCUCCCUCCAGACCCGAGUUCUUACUCAUUUAGAACUGCUGCAGGCCAAAGAUGAUCAUUUCCCAGUCCAUCUUCGAUGCACCGGCUCGCUGCAAGCACCCCCAGCUUUUUACCAGCCUAAAUUGGCUUCCCCGGUCAGGCCAAUUCGACCCGACAACUCGCAGAUGAUGGCCCACCUGCAGCAGAAGCUUGGAGGUUUCGUGCCACCGCCUUGGCAUGUAGAUGUAGAUGACCACUACCACAGCCUUGCGGCCUUCUGGCGAAAUGUCGGUGGUGAGUGGGAACCCACAACCACCCGUCAGCCAACCCAGCCUUACAUCAGUCCAGCCAGCGAGCAUCUUGUGCACUUACGACAGGGCCUACGACAGUAUCUCAAGCAGGAGGCUGGAGAUCGGCAACGUUGUCGUCUCAUCGCAUGUUUCGCAGCCUGGCUGCUUCUUGUCCGAGGCAGCUCAUUUAGCCCGGAGCAACUAGCCACCGUUGCUCGGUGGACGGCAGAUCUUGACUACAGUGAGGCGGAAGCCUGGCACCGAUUCCACAAUGCCGGAGAGCUAUUACGACGACAGGUCGCGAUGGAUCGCCGUGCCUACUUGCAGCAACUCGCUAGCGAGGUGUCCCUCCAAGAUGUGCGCAACCCCAAGCGCUUGUAUGCCGCAGUCCGCAAGGCUUUCCCGACCACCAGGCCGGCUAAGCGCUCAUCCAUUAAGGCACUGCCAGCAGUUGAAACGCCCUCCGGCGAACUUGCCGUUACGGCCGAGGACCGCAUUGCCACCUGGCGUGACCACUUCGCAGCUCAGGAAACGGGUAAAGCUAUCACGAGCACCCAAUAUAUCGAACAUAUGCGAAAUCUCCCCACCGGGACGGGACCCUGUCUCUUUGACAUCAGAGCCUUACCCACGCUUGGGGAAGUUGAAGCCAUCACCCUUACGCUGCGUACCGGGAGAGCAGCCGGGGCUGAUUCCAUCACUAGCGAAUUGCUGCAGCUCCAUGUCCCUACUACCGCGCGACAGCUUUUCGCUGUCUUCUUGAAGGCCACUGCAGGUAUAAGAGAACCAGUACUCUUCAGAGGCGGAGAACUGGUAUGCCUCGCCAAGAAAGCCGGUGCUACCUUACGGUGCAGUAGCUACCGCAGUAUCCUUAUUAGCAGCGUGCCCGGAAAGGUCCUUCAUAGACGCUUGAGGGGGCAACUUAUUGAAAGGCUUCAAGCAUCGCGCCCUGCGCUCCAAGCGGGAGCCAUCCCAAACGAGGGCAUUGAGCAUAUCUCCCUUGCAGCGCAAAGCUUUAUGCACCUGCAUGAGGCUCGCAGAGAGCCCUGGGCCCUCGUCUUUUACGACGUUCAAGCUGCCUUCUACUCCAUCAUACGGGAAUUGAUUACCCCCCACACUCACACUGACGAAGGCCUGCUAGAACUUUUGCACCGUAUGGCGCUGCCGCCAGCAGCUGUAAUUGAGUUGCGAGACAAACUGCACGGUUUGGCUUUGCUGCCGCAGCUCAAAACCAGCCCACAUGUCACUGCCCUUGUGCAGGACUUGUACAAGGGCACUUGGUUCCGCAUCACCGGCAGUGCCCUCCUCACCCUCACGGAACGGGGCACCAGACCCGGUGAUCCCGCCGCUGACGCUGUGUUUGGACUAGCCAUGUCAGCCCUGCUGCGAUCCAUUGAUACAGCAAUGGCUUCCGCCGGGCUGAUUCCCCAUGUUCCCACCGUUGAUGUUCCCCACCAGUGGGCUGACACUUCGGAUCCCGUUGGAUGGGGCUGCCCGGCGUGGGCAGACGACUUCGUGCAACCAAUUGACGGGGCCACCCCUCAUGCUCUUCUGAGUAGAGUUCAGCUUUCGGUUGGUUUAGUCUCUGCCAAGGUUUCUACGCUGGGCAUGAAGCUGACCUUUGAGAGGGAAAAAACCGCCGCACUGCUUCCCCCAUGGAUUCCGCGAGACUUGCCACCCCAGUGCCUCACUGAGGAAGGCAACGUCUACAUACCAAUCGUUGAUGCCCUUACCCGCGACGAACAUGUGUUGCUCUUAGUCGAUGCCUACAAGCAUCUUGGAGGUAUUAUCACUGCGAACGCCUCGCCGGUUGUUGAUCUCCAUCACCGGCACUCCCGUGCCCUGGCUGUGGUUAAGCCUCUACGUCGCCGGUUGUUUGCCUGCCGAGACAUUCCACUUGCCACAAGACGGACUUUACUCCGCUCUUUGGCUAUAUCCAAAUUUGCCCACACUGGGGCAGCGAUCUUCCUGCAGGCACCAUCGCCACCUUUGGCCCUAGCCCGUGCCCGAGCAAGCUUUCUGGCACGCCUUAGUGCAGCGGGACCCACUGUCCUCACAUAUCUUCUCUAUGCGCAUUGGAGUUGCCAUAAGCGGUCCUCUUGGCUUCACCAGCUAGAGCAAGAUUUUGAGGCCGUUUGCCUUUACGUCCCUGAUGUUGCCAACUGUGUGCCCAAGGACAAUGUUGUACCUGCCAUACUCGCUGCUCUGGUGGAACAGCCCCGUUGGCACUAUGCGCCCACCACGCAUUGCUUGGCCUGUCUUAAGCACUAUGGAACCGACAACCUGCUGAAAGAGAUUUCGUCGAAGGUCUAUGAAAUCGACACCACCCUCUUUGCACCGAUGCUACGCGGACCCCCAGGGUUCGAUCCCAGCUCGCCCAAGCAGCUGGGCAACAAGGGUGAGAAGCACUUGGCAAACACGCCGAUCUUCCUGCACUUCUGGAAGAAGCUGGCCGAAGCUGGUGUCUACAAGAAGUACAACUAUACGGUGAAAGUGGAUGUGGACACCGUGCUUCUUCCGGGACGUCUCUCGGGUCUCCUAGCUGGCCAGGACGAAGGUGCCACGUACUUCCUCAACACGGCCAAGGACAUGUACGGCAACUUCCUCCACGGCCCCGUGGAAAUCCUGUCCACGUCUGCGUUCUCGAUCUUCCGAGAUCAUUCCAAGGAGUGCGAGAAAAAGAUUUCCAAGUUAGCCUAUGGAGAGGACUUCUGGAUGAACAAUUGCUUAAAGCACCUGAAGGUGCAUGCCGUCGCAGGACUACCUCUCUUAUACGACAUGUACACCUACGGUGCAUAUGCCCAGAAGACAUGCGGCUGGCUUAUCCCAGAGAAGACGACGGGUCACACAGCGAUGACCUUUGCGGCGUACCACCCGUACAAGAACUUCUGGGAGUGGAUGCAGUGCCGAAUGCAGACCGGCGAAGCUCCAGGCUACCCUAUGGAGUUGCAGAAGCUGGCCGCUUCCAAGGCCGACACGCCCAUCGCCUUUGAGUUCAAGUACAGCCGGCCAGGCAUCCUCAGCGUUCUGAAGGACAAUCGCGCGACGGUGCCGGUUGCAGUGCUACUGCUUGCUCUGUGCGCAGGAAUUGUCAUGAGCUCGGCUUGGGCGGCAAACCUCCGACGUCAAUGCUGCGGGCAGAAGCUCUACAUCGAAGCAAACACCGUGACUGCGGGAACUGAAGAGCAAUCCUUACCCCUAACCGACGAGCUGAACAGCUCGGAGAUUGAGAAGCUUUUUCCAAGGGCCUUCCAGACGACCUGA